AUGGCCCUCUCGGUUCCUGGCUACUCGCCCGGUUUCAAAAAGCCGCCGGAGACUUUGCGGCUCUGACAGAAGAGGGCCCGGAGCCUUGGGGCUGCCGCUGUGCCCAGGGAGCUGCCCGAGCCGGCGCCACAACACGCCGCCCUGGCAGCCGGGCUGCCCCUCCGCCCCUUCCCGGCGGCGGCGGACAGAGGCUGCGACGGCGGCGGCCUGGCCGCGGCCCGGAGGAACCCCUUCGCCCGCCUGGACACUCGUCCAUGGGCCACCGUGGAGCCAUGUGACGGGCUGCCCCGUGCAGAGCAGGCGGCACCGGGCCCGUUUUUAGAUUCUAAUCAAGAGAAUGAUUUGUUAAUGGAAGAGAAGUUUCCUGAAAGAACAGACGUCACUGAAUUACUCCACACUCCUCACAUAUCCUCCUCCGAAUCUGAUAUUCCAUCCUCAGAAAGUACCGAGCUACCUGCGGACUGGAGUAUUAAAACUCGACUCCUUUUCACCUCUCGUCAACCCUUUACCUGGGCAGAUCAUUUGAAAGCACAGGAAGAGGCUCAAGGUGUGGUGCAGCAUUGCAGGGCAACGGAAGUUACUAUGCCUCAAAGUAUCCACUCUGUGAGCUUCACUUCUCUAUAUAAACUUCUGAAGACAAAAUUUUGCCCCUAUUUCUACGUUUGUACCUAUCAGUUUACUGUCCUGUUCCGUGCAGCAGGAUUCGCAGGAAAUGAUGUAAUCACAGCUCUCAUAUUUCCUACAACUAGAGGCAUCAGAGAAGCUAUGAAAAAUGAAGGUAUUGAAUUUUCCUCACUUUUAUUAAAAGAAAAUGGCCAUAAGAAGAAAAAGCAUCUGGAACAAGCCCUGGGACAUGAGGAGGAGCAAGUAAUCAGUGAUGAGGAUGAAGAAGAAAGUUUUUCCUGGCUGGAAGAGAUGGGUGUGCAAGAUAAAAUUAAAGAACCAGACAUGCUGUCUAUCAAGAUGAGCUUAACUGCCACCUCGGGUCCACAGGCAGGACUUCCACCAACCCUCUUAUCCCCUAUAGCUUUUCGGGGCGCCACAAUGCAAAUGCUGAAGGCACGAAGUGUAAAUGUGAAGACACAAACUUAUUUUGGAUACAAGGAUCAAUUUAGUUUGGAGAUUACAGGUCCUGUCAUGCCUCAUUCUCUACAUUCAGUGACCAUGCUACUGAAAUCUUCACAGAGUGGGUCAUUUUCUGCAGGACUGUAUACACAUGAGUCAACUGCUGUAUUUAAUAUAUGCCCACCAAUAGAAAAGGUACUGGAUAAGGAGACCACUCCUGAGGAGCUUGCCAACUGUGGGUUGCACUCUAAAACUCUGGAUCAACUUAGUCAAGUACCAAUAUUGGGGAAAUCAUCUUUACGGCAUGUGGAAAUGAGUGACUACAUUUAUAAUUGGAGAUCCUGAA